AUGUGUGCUAAACAGCUGUGUGUUUAUUUCGAUGCAGUGGGGCGUGCUCAUUUGAGUGGCAUUCAUGAAAACCCUCCGCACUCCACACUGGCCUUCUCACCGCCCUUCACCCUUGUGCUGGGAAUGUUGAUGAGAGUCUGCCAUAUUGUUACGCAGUCCUCCUUCUAUAGGUCUUAUUUGUCUCCCUCUUGCCCCGUAAGAUCCGUCUGCUCUCUCCCUGGUUCACAUAUUUCACUCAACCCCUGUCACCCCAUCUGUGCUACUCGAGGCGUUAUUCGCCAUCCCCUGCGCUUGGGUGAUUACUUCGAGGCUCAAGUCUCUGAGUAA